ACUUUUCUUUCUCCCGGCGCCAAUAAAUGCAUUCAUUUCACGAGUUGCCUUCGAGCAGGGAGGAUACUGUGAGAAGUUUACUUGUCCGGUGUUUUUUUACGAAGCGUUUAAGUGCAGAAAACAUGAUCGCCGCCGUGAGAAUUACUCUGGCGUUUAGCAUUCUAGUGUUGUCAAAGGGUGUGCAAUCACAUGGCGUGUGGCGCCAAACCGGAGGUCAGCCGCAGCCAGCUGAAGUCAGUUGUAAUGAUUUGUUCACGGUAGACCACGAGAGCUACUAUCAGAAACGCUAUGAGGGAACCAUGCAGAUAAAGAGUGACGUAACUCAGCGAGACGUGGAGAUAGACAUUCGAUUCGAUCGCGAAGUGGAUUUGUUGGUGAACUACUUUGGAGUUUCAAGAAGCCUAAAUAAUCGCGAUUUUCGGAUAGUGAAACAGGGUUACUCGUUGUACGCACAUUCGGUUUUGCCGCUAAAAUUGGAAGUUAGCUACUCAACAACUCUUCCUCCGCGACCUGCAGAGGUUCGUCUCAACGGUAUCAUCAUCUGCCCAUUGAUAUCGGUUCGCGCCGCUAUUCACGAAGACCAAACGCCUGUAUACCGAUAUCCGCCAACCAGUUGGAAUCUCGAUAUGAAUGUGGCUCCUAGCACGGGAGUCCCUUUAGUGCGUCCAUCCGUUGAUGAAGCGGCUCGACCAAGUUCUUCAAGAAACUUCACCGACAGUCGGGAAAAUAAAUUCAAUUCUACUUGUCAAGCGAUGAAUCCCAACAUCGUUCUAUCCCCGGGACGAUGGGAUGGUAUACUUACAUUAAACACAGAUGUUACUGUCGACCGGGUCCGGAUCGAAAUAGUUUUUGAUCGAUCAAUUUAUAUUCUGGGUAACUUUUUCGGACAAGUUAGCACAACCGAUAACACGCGGUUUGUGAUAACAAACGACACCCUCAUCCUUGCAGCAGAUUCGGAGGUGAAGAUGCAAGUGUUUGUCAAAUUCAGUGAGGUGGGUCGAGUGCCGGAUGUUCGAGAGGUACUCUUCAACAGCAAGGACCUGUGUCGACAGAGGAAGAGAAGGGUAUCCACCAUAACGGAAGCUCCAUCGGAGGUGUUUGCAUCGCAGCCACAACCCAUCACAGAGAGAUCCAAUAUUAGAUCCUCGACGAGUGGACCCGAAUCCGAAGAAGAAGGAGAAUAUGACGAAAACGAUUGCGCCACAGUGUCCUCCAAUGAUGAACCAAAAGUACGAUCGAGGAUUAUAGGUGGAAAUCAUGCAAAGUCCGGUGAUAUUCCUUGGCACGUGGCAAUUUUCCAUGACGAUCAAUACCAAUGCGGGGGAAGUAUUAUCUCUCGUCGAAUUAUCUUGACGGCGGCACACUGUCUUACCAAAGAAAACAGCAACCGAACGCUAGAGGUGGAUCUCCUCAAGGUAUACAUUGGAUUGGUUGAUAUUAGUACGAGAGAGGAUUUUUUCAACUAUGCCGUAACGGAUGUAGCGAUUCACAUGGACUACAACGCGGCUCUGCACACCACGGAUAUCGGCAUUCUGAAGCUCGGACGUGACAUUGUUUUCAACAAUUUUAUAAAGCCCGUUUGUCUGUACAGUAACACAACGGACAUCAGCACUCUCUACAGUCGCUACGGGAAAGUAGCCGGAUGGGGCCUCAAUCGGGAUGGAAUCGUCACCAACACAUUGAACUAUUUGGAUAUGCCCGUGGUUUCACAGAAGAAAUGCUCACGAACAAACGUGCAAUACAGUACAGUUCUUGCGUAUGGGGAGUCAUUCUGCGCAGGUCAUGCUGAUGGUAAUUCGGUGUGCAACGGAGAUAGCGGGGGAGGAUUGGUGUUCGUGGAAAAUUACCGUUACCAUUUGCGAGGAAUUGUCUCAAUCAGCGCCCAGAAGCGUAACCAACUGAUGUGCGACCCGAAUCGUUAUUCGGUGUUUACGGAUGUUUCGAAAUUUCUUAAAUGGAUACGGCAGAAUAUGAAAUAACAAAAUGAAACUUUGCAUGUUUUUAUAUUCCAACAAAUUGUUUUAUACUGUUUUAGUUGAAUAUUAAAGAAAAUCUACCUGAAAAGAACA